AUGUCUGCAAAUGAUGCAAUGCAUGCAAAUCGAACAUACAGCAUCCAAGGCGAGCCGUAUACUUUACUGAAUCGGCUAGGCCAUGGAAGCUUUGGAUCUGUUUGGAGAGCUCGAUCACAAAGUGGUGAAUACGUGGCUGUCAAAAUAGUUGAUUUCAGCCGGGCAAGAUUUUAUAUUGGCUUAAAUGAACGGGCACAUUAUUUUUCAAAUGAGACUAGAAUCAUGAGUAGACUAAAAAGUGAAACUGAAUCUAUUGUAACAAUGUAUGCGCAUGAAUUCAAUCCGCGGUAUGGCGCAGGUUUUAUAGCAAUGGAAUUAGGAGAUGAAUCGUUGAUCGAUCGAGUUCGAGUUCUGCAUCAUGUACAUUUAAGAACAGGAUCGUUGGAGGAUUACAUUCCGGCAAAAGAUCGACAGAAUAUAUGGAUUCAGUUGGUGAAUAUUGUUCUUGCACUUCAACGGCAAGGUGUAGUUCAUCGUGAUCUGAAGCCAGCUAAUUUAUUAUUCUUCGGACCGAAUCUAAAAGCGGUUGACUUCGGCACAUCUCAAGAUGAAUCAGCUGGAUAUCACCAUCACCAAAAGACAGGUGGUACUCGUCCUUACAGUGCACCGGAAUGUUUUUCAGGUCGAGUACCUAUUACCUCAAAAGCUGACAUAUGGUCAAUAGGUGCGAUUUUGUAUUUUAUAACGUAUGGGAGACGACCUAUAUACGAAACUUCACAACCACCAUAUGGAGUUUUUCCAACUCGUUCUCAUGCUGUUCAAGACGUUCUUUAUCAGUGUCUUCAACGAAAUCCAAACAGACGACCGGACCAUCAAUGGCUUGUUCAACAUCCUCUAACGAACUCUAUGACAGUGUUUUGA